AUGAAUUUCGGUGGCACUUUACGAGUCAACAAAUUUGCAUGUUUCACUUUAAUAUUUAUCUUGUUUCUAAUAAUUUAUUGGCGGUCUGGUGGUUCAGGAUAUCCUACAGAAAAAAAUGACUUAAUAAACAUAAAAUCACUGCUAAAAGCAGCUAUAUAUGCAGCAGAGGGAGGCGGAAGAAAAGUGAUCGAAGGUAAAAAUCAUGAGUUAAAUAUAAAAAGUAAAGGGAAAACUCUGGAGGGUGCAAACGAUCCUGUGACCGAUGCUGACUACGCUUCUCACUGUGUUAUGUAUUACGGUCUUAAAAAAACAUUUCCAAAGUUAAAUAUAAUUUCUGAAGAACAUUCAAAAUAUGAAUCUAGCUGCCAAAAUCAAGAAGUGAUAGACUUUGAAUCAACUCCAACAGACCACAGAACAAUUGAUUAUAUGAAUGACGAACAUGUAUUUGUGAAGGAUGUGACAGUUUGGAUUGAUCCUCUCGAUGCUACACAGGAAUACACAGAGGGUCUCUAUCACUAUGUGACAACGAUGGUCUGUGUUGCUAUUAAUGGAGUGCCAAUUGUUGGUGUCAUACACUAUCCAUUUCCACCUCGCACAUUCUGGGGUUGGUAUACUAAGAAAACAUCUCACAACAUUCCUACUAUCCAACAUAGAGAAGAGAACAAAGAACACCCAAGAAUUGUCAUAUCCAGAUCUCACCCGGGCAAAGUUGCUGAUAUAGCAAAAGAAGCAUUCGGUCCAAAGACAACUAUUACAUUAGCAGCUGGAGCUGGGGAUAAAGUUAUGGGAGUUGUCAAUGGUACAUUUGAUGUGUACCUUCAUGCAACUGCCAUAAAAAAAUGGGAUCUCUGUGCAGGUAAUGCAAUUAUAAAAUCUGUUGAAGGAAAAAUGACCACUUUAAAAGGGCAGGACAUUGAUUAUUCAGCAGAUGGUAAUGUUAAAGUAACGGAUGGUAUCUUAGUAACGAGAUAUGAUCAUGAUUACUAUUUGAGUAAAUUGCCUAAAUCUAUGCCGGCAACU